AAUGAAAAUCGUCAUCCUUUUAGUUCUAGUGAUGUCAUCAUUGGGAAGGCUUACUUAUAGAAAUGGUUUAUUUGGUAGAGAGGAGAUCAUCAAAGCCAAAAAUACUUUGUGGUUCGAGCAGAAAUUAGAUCACAAUGAUCCAACAUCGAAAGAAGUGUUUAAUCAAAGAUAUCACAUUUAUGAUGAUUAUGUAUAAGGAAAUUAACCAGAAGCAGUAGUAUUGUAUAUUUGUGGAGAAUGGACAUGUAAUAUAGAAAUAAAAAUUAAAUAGGUGAUGGAAUAGGACAAGGAUUAACAUUUGAUGCUGCAUAAUAAUUGAAAGCUAUAAUACUUGUUUUGGAACAUAGAUAUUUUGGUUAAUCUCAACCAUUUAGAGAUUGGAGUACUCCAAACUUAAAAUAUCUAAAUAUCCAUUAAGCUUUAGAUGAUAUAGCAUAUUUUAUCUAGAACACUAAAGCUUAAGGAAGAUUUAAUAUCAAACCAGAUACUCCUUGGAUUCAUCUUGGAGGUUCAUACCCAGGAGCAUUAAGUGCUUGGUUUAGAUACAAAUAUCCUCAUUUGACAAUUGGAGGUUUGGCUUCUUCAGCAGUUGUAAGAGCAGUUGCUUGUUAUCAUGAAUAUGAUAUGUAAGUUUAUCUUUCUGCCUUGGAAAGUUCAUAAGAGUACUCAAAAUUUAUAUUAAAUUAGAUGUGUAGAUAGAAUUCAAUCAGUAAAUCAAAAGAUUGAAGAUGAUCUAGCUACUGAUCCUGUUACUAUAAAGGCAGCAUUUAAUGCAACAGAAUUAAAAGAUAUUGAAUUCUUAUCAAUGAUUGCAGAUAUCUAUGCUGGUAUGGUUUAAGGAAGAAAAAGAUCCAAGAUGUGUGAGAGAUUAGAAAGGGGAACAACUUUAUAAGAAUGGUUUGACGAAGUAGUACUUAUGGCUUAAGAAACAGUUAAUCAAGAAAGUUAUGGAUCUGAAUUUUUAAAGGAUAUUACUAUUGAUUUCACUAAAAAUUCAAGAUAAUGGACAUAUUAGACAUGUAUUGAAGUAGGUUACUUUUAAACUGCUAAUGUAAUUAAUUAUAUUAAAUAUAUUAGCCAAAUGCUGAAUAAUCAACUAGAUCAUAAUAAUUAGUUCUUGAUUUCUUUAGAUAAUUAUGUGAAUAUUCUUAUGGUAUUUCCAUAUUUCCAGAUGAAGAGAGAACUAAUGCUUAUUUUGGUGGUCUUGAUAUUAAUGUAGAUCAUCUUAUCUUUUCUAAUGGAUCAGAUGACCCAUGGUAACAUGCUUCAAUCACAAAAUGGAAAUAAGGAAAAGAGUAUGAUGUCAAAUACAUAAAAUGUAAGGAUUGUUCACAUUGUGUUGAUCUUAAGGCAUCUAGUCCAUAAGAUCCACCUGAAUUAACUUAAGCUAGACAAGAAAUUCUAGCAAUAUUUUAACAAUGGAUUAACGAAUACAAAUAAUAACAAUCCUAAAUUAUUGAGUGAA